AUGCCAACCGAUCUUACAUCACCUAAGAACCACACUAUUCUCUUUGCCGGUAAACAACUAGGCAAAGGGACUCUUGAAGACAUCAAGAACAGUUUUAAAAGACUUUUCGGUGAUACAGUUAAAGUCAUUAUACCAGCCGAUAUUAAAGAUAAAAUCAAGAACCCUGGAGAUUUAAGAAACCUAGAAUAUGAUAUCUUAGUAGCAGGGGAUAAAACCUCACAGGUAAUUUUGAACGAUGCUGAAGACAGAAGAGCCACCAUUCUAUUACCAAGAUGGGCCGCAGAGGUGAAAGCCCAGAGAAAGUGGGUAAAGCCUGAGCGUCUACUACACUUUUACGAGGAGAACACCGAUAUGGACGCAAAUAAGAAAAAGGAUUCCUCUGGCACCUCUGGCACUGGAGGCACCUCUGGCACUGGAGGCACCUCUGGCACUGGGAAAGAUAUUCCCAACUCAGAAAAUCCAGAUGUUCCUAUGUCUGGCACUGGAGGCACCUCUGGCAAUGGAGGCACCUCUGGCAAUGGAGGCACCUCCGGUAAUGGAGGCUCCUCCGGUAAUGGAGGCUCCUCCGGUAAUGGAGGUUCUUCUGGCGAAGACGAAGAUUUUAAGUUUCCGUGGGAGGAGGAGGGGAAUGGUUUUAUUUUCGAAGACGAAGAGGAUUCUCAACGAAAUAAUUUCGAAAAAGACCCAAUACGGAAAGCAUGGUAUGAUGAAGUCGCUGAUGGGCCUUGGACAGUCACAGUUGAUAUUCAUCCAGCAGAUGAAUUGAGCGGAACCAAAUCGCCACGAAUGAACUAUGAAAUGUGUAUUGAAGGUAUCUAUAGGAGUUGGUUUGUCGUAACCGAUCCAGAGACUCCAGUUUUUGUCGAACUGCCGCAGCUGCGAGAUUCAUACUUGAUUCCGUGGAAGGACCACUUGGGCCUGAUGGAUCGUUAUACGACUUCGAACGGCCAUCAAUUGGCUAGGCGCGCAGAUAAAGCACUUAAAAAAUGCACAAUGAUGCAGGAGUUUAAUUUCUGGUCAAUUGCAUUCAAUGGUAAUGUUUGUAUGAUUGUCGGGAGAUUACCAGAUGAUGAAGAGCCAGGUGUCUGGUCGCGCUCCGAUUUCAAAAAGAUAUUCGGCAGUGACGCGGAUAAAAUGUUCAAUGCUAUACGUGAAGAGAUGGGUCAUCCCUGGAUAGAAUCCAAAAGGAGGAAGCGUGUUGCUGAUGUUGAGAGUUUUAAGAUGAAGCUGAGAAAUAGGGGGGCAACAGUAGAAGUUGAUUUGAAGCGGGAGAUAGAAGCACUUCGUAUGUAGAUGGGGAAUUUUCU